AGCAGCCCCGGUAUCUGCCUAUCGAUUUGAUGGCCUGUGACGAUACGAUACGACCGAUAGAGCGAGAGAGGGGAGGGGCUUGCGAGAAACCGUGGAGAAGUGAGGGGACUUGGAUGGCCAGCCAGAGCGCGCGGCCACAUCACGAUGACCAAGCGACGCCGGCGCCAGUGGACGAGAGGGCCGCUCCGCUGUGACUGGCCGGAUUCGCGGCCGUCUUCUCCAUCCAAGCUCUGCCAGUGGUUCACAGGCCACUGCUCUGCACGCCAAAGAAGCAGGCGUUGCGCACCAUCGCCCUUAGCAGAGCGCACACUACUGGCCCGUCCCGAGCUUUUGAGUGGUCACAAGUCUGCGGCUAUGGCGUCCACCCGCUGUCCGGGUCGUGCGGGAGCGACCAGCGCCGUCCAUUACUCUCUUGAGGCCUGGGGAGCAGCUCAUUCCUUUGGGGGAAGGGGGGUCGUCUGAGAGAGUUGGGUCGCCAGGACUCCGGGAGCUUGAUGCCCAAUCUGCCAACCUCUUCUCGGCGGCGCGAGACUACUGUAGCAUGCGGGCGCCUCUCAUUCGCUCUGUCUUGGAUCUCAUCCCGUCGUUGAGCCUAUCCAUCUUGGAUUGGAUUCUGCCUCCCGGCGUCGCGGAUGGCCACCCGUCAUGGCCCGCUUGCCGAGACCUGACAGGCUCAAUCAUGGGCCAUGGACAUGACGGAAGCUCAUUCGUUUCAGUACCCGCCCUGCUUCAUGCGAGUCGAGCCGGAG